UGGCAAAAUUAGGAUAGUGUCUUCUACGUGUCACACGUAAUAUUCCUGCUAGCGAAGAACCCUAAAACCCCCUGUUGGAAGACAAUGCUCCGGAUGCCGCCAAUCGUCACCUGGGAAUCCACCAGAUUCCCUCGCAGGACGAAGAUUUGCUGCUCCCUCCGCGACGACAGCGACUACAUGAGGCAGUGCGUGGAGCUCGCCCGGCGCGGAUUAGGGCGCACGUCACCCAAUCCCAUGGUAGGAUGCCUCAUUGUCGAUAACGCGGGAGAGAUUGUGGGCCGAGGAUUCCAUCCCAGAGCUGGUGAGCCUCAUGCCGAGGUGUUUGCGCUGCGGGAAGCUGGAUCUAAAGCCCAUGGAUCAACCGCGUACGUGAGCCUGGAGCCCUGCGAUCACGUCGGAAGAACACCACCGUGCAGCAGAGCGCUCGUCGCCGCAAGAGUGAGGCGUGUAGUCGUCGGAACUGUGGAUCCAAAUCCGCUCGUCGCUGGGAAAGGAGUGGAGCGACUGCGACGAGCUGGAGUGGAAGUCACCGUCGGCGUCGAGGAGGAGCUUUGCCGGGUUACCAACGAAGCGUUCUUCCACCGCAUGGUGACCAAGAAGCCGUUCACCUGUCUCAGAUAUGCCAUGACUAUCGAUGGAUGCCUGCUCGCUGAUCCUUCAACUCCGGUCGCCGCGAGUUUCUACAGCCAGCAGCUGGAAGAGUAUGAUGCGGUUGUCACCACCGAAGCUUCCCUCGACGCUGAUCCUGUUCUUCUCUCGGCGGAGCAAGGAGCCAAGCAGCCACUCCGUGUCGUGGCCGUCACCUCUUCUUCGUCACUCUCCAAGCUCGCGGGCCUUUUGAGUGCUCGAGUGUUUGACACCAAGCUGGCCCCAACGCUGCUCGUGAUGGACCAGCAGAGCCUGGUGGAGGACGUGACCAAGCAGCUGGGUGGCAAGGGGGAAUCCAUUGAAACCGUGUUGCGGCGCAAGAACGUAGAAGUGGUACCUGUGAACGAGGUUGAUCUCGACUCGGUGCUGGACUUGUGCAACCAGCGGGGUGCCUGCUCGGUGCUGCUCGACUCCACCGCUGGAUUCGACAUGCUGGGAGUGAAGGAAGCCCUCGAGGACGAAGAUCGUGCGGUAAUCCAGAAGCUCUGUGUUGUGGUCGGGCCUUUUGCUGGAGGGGGACAAAGCCAAAAGAUUGCAUCGUCGAUGAGAAAACUGGGCAGGCUGACCACGCGAAAAUGUGGUGAGAACGUUGUUAUUCAAGGCUACUUUGAGUAAAAAGAUUGGGAAGUCUGCUCUAAA